UUAUCACCAGGAAAACCGCAGCCGACAUUGAGCUCAACCCCGCCUACAAGCAUCUCUGACAGCAGCAGGCUUGCAGGAAAUCAUCGACAGUGCAUGCUGAAGGUGCUCUCUAAGGCUGACAGCGUCUUGACUCGUACCAUUAGGCUAACAGCAGGAGUGGUGGCAGCAGUGCGUACCAUUGACAUUCCGUGGACCUGACAAUUGAUAGCUCAGUACAGCUUGCAGAGUACACGCUGAGCAAGGAAACAUGUCUUUCGUACUAAAGGGUGUAGCAUAUAUCACGGGUGCUGGAUCCGGUAUCGGCCAGUACACUGCAUAUGCUCUUGCAAAGCAAGGCGUGCGCUCAUUCGCCUUGCUGGAUCGCAAUCCCAUCACCAAGACCGUCAGCGAACUGAAUAAGAUCUCACCAGAUGUCUCUGUUAAAACGUUCGAAAUCGACGUCACCGAUGAGAAAGCAAUUGAUGACAGUAUAGAGAAAACGGUAAAGGAAUUUGGACGGCUGGAUUACGCGGUCAACAAUGCUGGCAUAGGUGGAAUGAUCAAAACGACAGAUGAAAUACCUAAAGACGACUUCGAGAAAGUCAUGGCUGUCAAUACCAUCGCCGUGUGGCAAUGCCAGCGUGCGCAGAUCCGCCAGAUGCUCAAGCAAGAGAAGCUUUCGGACUCCUAUCGAUCAUACCGGGGCUCUAUCGUCAACGUCGCAUCGAUGUACGGCCUGGUUGCACCACCACUCAAUGUGCCUGCCACCGCAUAUGCUACGUCCAAGCAUGCUGUCAUUGGCCUCACAAAGUCAGAUGCACUCGCUUUCGCACACAAGGGUAUCAGAAUCAACGCGAUCUCCCCAGGUUAUGUGAUGACACCCCUAGUGAAGGAGCACAUGAGUCAGGGCGACAUGAUGGAAACAGAGAGGAAGAAAGUCCCUGUUCACCGCUACUCGGAGAUGGAGGAAAUCGGCGACUGUAUUGCAUUCCUACAUUCCCAAGCGGCAAGUUACAUGAUUGGCGCCACAUUAGUCGCGGACGGAGGAUACACAAUCGUCUAGAGCAUCGUACUAGCCCAAGACUUGAAUUAUCAACAGCCGUCUCACACGUGUCCUAAAACACGUAGUCCUCUUGUCAAACUUGACCUUCGACGCAAUUGUGCUUUGCCUGGUCGGUCGCACCUCGGCAGAGGUUCUCCACCCCAGUUCUCCACCUAAUCCCCGCAAAAAAGGAAGACGCAACUUCCAUAUCCGAGAAAGAUCUGGCUACUCCGAACGCCUCUUCGAUUGGCUAAUGGGUCGUCUAACAGAUCACUCAUCAUUGCGCGACUUGGAUGUCCCGGCAUUGUUGUCUGUGCAACCCUCGGAAAUGC